AAGAGGCGGGGCUGUGAAGUCAGACAGGUGUACGGAAUCGAACAGGCACAGAAACGCUUCGUCUAUCAAUACUACACGAAAAGUCCUAGUUAUCUUUGUACACUAAUGUAGAAGCCUACACGAUGUUCACCAUGCUAUAGUUCUUUAAUUUGGCGUUUCCUAUGUUGUGCAUAGCUAUAGCGGAAUAGUCUACCUGGGACUUUGUCACUACAACGGAGGUGUUGAAGAAGUUCCAGCACCUGGGAGUUUGGAUCGAAGGCUACCUUCCUACCUCGAGGUGGAUGGGAUGCACACCGUCCGAUGAGGAUUCCUGCUGGAUUUGAAAACUUAAAUGAUUUGUUUAAAAAAAACCAAAAAUGCCUCCACUGACGCUGUGUUAACGUGACCCAACUUUCUAUCAUCGUUAAGUCCCGCCGUAUUUCGAUUCACGUCUGAAGAUGAGGAUUCCUACGUCGGGCCAAGGGAGCGCACUGCUCACUCUGCUGUCGGCUAUUGGGGUGCUGGUGGUCUCGGAGUCGGGCUUUGUGGAGCCCCCCGAGCCGGUCUUCGCUCUGCUCUCGCUGGCGGAGGACAAGACCCGGUUGCCGUGUCGCUACGUGGUGGAGGCGGGCGAGAAGGUGGUGCAGGUCACGUGGUACAAGGAGCUGACGGACGGCUCCAGGGAGCAGAUCAUCACCGCCCACUUCUCAGAGGGACACACGGAGUUCGGCCGCUACUCCGGCAGGGUGAGGUUCGAGCACGGCGUUCCCACGGAGGACUCGGUGCUCCUCAUCCCCCACACGGAAGAGUCAGACGAGGGGAGCUACACCUGCCAGGUCACCACCUUCCCGUCGGGGAACUUUGAGCGGAGCGUCGCCCUCACCGUCUGGGUCCUGCCCAUCUCGUCCCUGGAGCCCGUGGCGCUGGUGGAGGGCGAGCCGUACGGGGUGGCGGCGUCGUGCCGCGCCGUGGGCCGCCCCGCCCCGACCCUCUCCUGGGACACGGAGCUGCCGGGGAAGCCCCUGGGCCGCGCCUCGGAGGGGGGCGCCGUCUCCAGCCACUUCUCGCUGCACCCGCUGCGCAGCAUGAACGGCCAGCGGCUGGACUGCCUGGUGGGGCACCCCGCCCUGAAGCAGCCCCGCAGGCACGCCCACCGCCUGCUGGUGCAAUACCCCCCCGACGCUGCCAUCUCCAGCGGGGUGAAGGAGUGGGUUGACGGGGACCAGAACGCCGAGUUGACCUGCAGCAGCGGAGGGAACCCCGAGCCGGGGAACGUCACCUGGACGCGGAAGGGCGGGGCUUUGCCAGACGGCGUGACGGUAAUCGGUGGAAAACUAGUUUUCGGGCGACCCAUCAGAAUGAACGACAGCGGCACCUACGAGUGUGUGACCAAGAACACUGUGGGAGCGGCCACAACAGAAAUCACUCUGGAUAUAGCAGGGCAAUCGAAGCAGAGCGAGGAGGAGGGCAAACACAACCUGAUGCUGACCAUCGUGGGCGCGGCGGCCGGAGGCCUGGUUCUGGUGAUGGUGCUGGUCAUCCUGCUGGUCAACCACCACCACCGCCGCAAGAACAGGAAGCUGGCGCUGGAGCUGAGCGAGAGGACCGAGGAAAUGAACACCCUCUCCAGAACCGCGUCGGGCCGACGGCUGAACAGUGUGAGUGCCCCGGGAGCGCAGGCGGGUGCCAUGUUGCCCGACGAUUACACUCUGCUUAGAGUCGACAGCCGAAUCAAGAGCAGCCAAACGUCUCUGCAGGACCGUCCGAUCUACAAGGGCAGCCAGUCCACCCUGGGUGGCAGGUGGGGCCCGGGCCCCGACGUGGAGGUGGACGAGCUGGGCCGGCCCGUGCUCUGGUCCGACAGCCGGGACGGGCUCAGGAGGACGGAGGCGGACGGGGAGAAGGAGGAGCGCCGGCGCAGGGUGGAGUCGUACCUGAAGAACAGCAACAUGUCGCUGGACUCUGGCCUGCCGUCCUCCCUGGUCCCCAUGAAGCCCCCGCCGGACGACGGCCUGGGCCCCAGAGAGCAGGAGCCCGGCAGCCCUGCGGGGGAGUCCGGCACGCCCACGGAGCCGGACUGGGAGCCCCACCAGGCGACGCCCGAGGGGGAGGAGGGGGAGGAGCAGGGGGAGGAGGGGGAGGGAGAGCAGGGGGAGGAGGGCGACAGCAGCAGCAGCAGCUUCCAGAUCUCCGAGGCGCUCACCAACCACUUCUACUACAGCAACGGCGUGCUCCGCCCCAAGCCCCACUCCAACGCCAUCCUACUGCACCCCCGGGGCCAGGUCAUCUAGAGACGCGGCUCCUCUGGUCGCCACGACGACGAUGGGCGGCCCUCGAGGUCUUGUGGGUCAAGGCCGGCCGGUGGCCUGAGGAACUGAACGAUUCCUUUUGUUCCCGAGACUGUAAAUCCAGCGGCGAUUAUUAGUGUAUGAAAGCGUGAAACCCUACCAUUGCCCAAAAUGGGCAUUAUGGACGAGCAAUAGCCGAGUGUGGGCAAGCAUCAGGCAGGGUCUUUGUUGGUCGCUGCUUCUAUCAGCUUUAAGUAAUGAACCGUUUUGACCGUGUGAUGAAACUGAACUACGAGGUCUGAAAUCCAACAGCAACUGCAGCCUAUAAUCCCUGUGCACUCAUCAAUUUAAAAAAAAUCAUUUAGGUAAGUAUUUACUGUGGUGUUGGCUGUGCACAAGUUAACAAAGAGACUUCAAUUUGGUUCAUGCAAAGAGAAGGUGGACAAGUGCCAAAGCCCCAAACUACCUGUGUGUAUCCUCUCUCAGACGUGGCUCUGGAAGUCUCCUUCGUAGUAAUAGCAGGUUCUACCCUGUCAGCUGCUGAGAGCUUGAGUCAAAUGUAUUUUUAAAGCCCGUUUCCACCAUAAGUUCCAAAGAGUUUGAUAGGCCCUUGUUGGGAUCAGAUGGGCCCCAUAAACCUUGGCUCGCAAAUAUAUAUAUAUAUAUAUUUUUUUUUUGAUAUCCGGGGGGGAGGGGGGGAACCUGAAAUAGCAUGUUCAGCUUGUGGUUAAAAAACCCACUCAACACACAUUAUGAGGGUGUUUUGAGUGGUUCUGCUAGAGGCCUCGUGUCCCAUCAAGGAUGAAGAGUCAGUAAGAGUGCAACAGAGGUCUAUAUCGUCACUCUGUUACUGCAGAGAAAAAAGGAUCACUCUAACGAAGCUGUUCAACCAAUGGAUCAUUCUGAUUAUUGCCCACUGAACUCUUUGGCCAUGUACAGUCUAUGCUUCAGAGGUUAGACAAGCCGUGGAGCGGACUAUCCCGGUUUGGUUUCUACCGAUGCACUACCGUAGUAAACUAGGUCAGAAGCUGACCUCCGAGAUACCUUUUGUAAAUAUUGUGGUAAGCAUUUGAAAGUGUGUGUCACUGAUGGCAUUGAAAUGUUUACUUAAAGUAUAGUAAGGACAAAAAAAUAUUUGUAAAUGUUUAUUUUUUAGUUAAAAAUGGCAGAUAAAGAACGUGAACAUAUAAUUUAGUCUUCUGAGGACAAUAAAAUGUGAAAACCAA